AUGAUCCCCCCUGAGCCGCCGCAGCAGCAGCUGCAGCCGCCGCCGCCGCCAGCCCCGCCGAACCAUGUGGUGACCACCAUCGAGAACCUGCCGGCCGAGGGCAGCGGCGGGGGCGGCGGGAGCCUGGCUGCCUCCUCCCGGGCUGGCGUGCGCCAGAGGAUCCGCAAAGUGCUGAACAGGGAGAUGUUAAUCUCUGUGGCUCUGGGCCAGGUGUUAUCCCUUCUUAUUUGUGGAAUUGGCCUGACUAGCAAGUACCUGUCAGAAGAUUUCCAUGCCAAUACGCCAGUCUUCCAGAGUUUCCUGAAUUAUAUCCUUCUCUUCUUGGUCUAUACCACCACACUAGCCGUCAGACAAGGAGAAGAAAACCUCCUGGCAAUUUUACGACGAAGAUGGUGGAAGUAUAUGAUCCUGGGACUGAUAGACCUGGAAGCAAAUUACCUGGUGGUCAAGGCUUACCAGUACACAACUCUGACCAGUAUCCAGCUCCUGGACUGUUUUGUGAUCCCAGUUGUGAUUUUGCUCUCCUGGUUCUUCCUGCUGAUCCGGUACAAGGCUGUGCAUUUCAUUGGCAUUGUUGUCUGCAUCCUGGGAAUGGGCUGCAUGGCAGGAGCGGAUGUGCUCGUGGGAAGGCAUCAGGGAGCAGGGGAAAAUAAGCUGGUAGGGGAUCUUCUGGUCUUAGGAGGAGCCACGCUCUAUGGUAUCUCUAACGUCUGGGAAGAAUACAUCAUCCGAACACUGAGCCGAGUGGAAUUCCUGGGAAUGAUUGGUCUCUUCGGUGCAUUUUUCAGUGGAAUACAAUUAGCUAUAAUGGAGCACAAGGAGCUGCUAAAGGUGCCCUGGGAUUGGCAAAUAGGACUGCUCUAUGUUGGCUUCAGUGCCUGCAUGUUUGGUCUCUACAGCUUUAUGCCAGUUGUCAUAAAGAGAACGAGCGCCACUUCGGUUAAUCUCUCUCUACUCACAGCGGAUUUGUACAGCCUGUUCUGUGGGUUGUUUCUCUUCCACUACAAGUUUUCCGGACUUUAUCUCCUGUCGUUCUUCACCAUCCUCAUUGGGCUGGUGCUGUACUCCUCCACCUCCACGUACAUAGCCCAGGACCCCCGAGUGUACAAGCAGUUUCGCAAUCCUUCAGGACCUGUUGUGGACUUACCAAACGCAGCUCAGGCGGAGCCUUCAGUCACCUACACCAGCCUGGGCCAGGAGACCGAAGAGGAGCCCCACGUUCGUGUGGCUUAG